AUUAUCUUUCCUAGAUUCUUUUUUCUUAUCAUUAAUUUUUUUUUUCCAUGUUUUUGUUGUGAAAUGCAUAGCUCAAGAUCCUUUCAUUUUGCUCGGACAAUUCCUUUCUUCAUACAAUUCCAAUUCCAAAUUCUUUUCUUCUCUUUUAAGCUUCAUUUUUCUGUUCAAUAUAAAACACAGUAACCAAGUUUUCUGUUUCUUUCCAACUAACUUAACUGUCAUAUCCAAAUCCAAACUACUUUGUCAUAUCCAAACUCAACAUGCUGAAAAAAAUCAGUAGGACUUUCAAAGGUAAACAAAGGCCAAGACCAAGGCCAACCAUUUUACCUCCACCACCACCUCCUCCUCCUCCUCCACCACCACCUCCUCCACCACCACCACCACCUCCUCCACCGCCACCACAACAACCACCUCCACCACCACCACCACCUCCUCCACCACCUCCACCUCCUCCUCCUCCUCCAAAGCAACCAACAAAUACUCCUUUUCUGUUCCCUCAAACCAACUCCACAAUUCUCCCUGACCCUUCCAACUUUUUCUCCCCAAACCUUCUCUCAUCGCCACUCCCUACAAACUCUUUUUUCCAAAAUUUUGUUCUGAAAAAUGGUGACACACCUGAAUAUAUUCACCCUUACCUCAUCAAAUCCUCAAACUCCUCCCUCUCCAUUUCCUACCCUUCUUGUACCUCCAACUCUUCUUUCAUUACCCAAGUCUUCAACCCUGAUAUCACCAUUUCCACCUCCACGAAAACCAACCAAGGUUCACAUCAAAACCAUGUGAUUUCUUCCUUCAGUGAUCUCAGUGUCACUUUGGACAUUCCCUCAUCUAACCUGCAAUUCUUCCUCGUAAGGGGAAGCCCUUUCAUGACAGCAUCAGUGACCAGCCGUACGCCACUUUCCAUCACCACCGGGCAUUCCGUCGUUUCAUUCUCAUCCAAUAACUCCCUCACCAAACACACAUUGAAGCUCAACAAUGACCAAACCUGGCUCAUAUACACAUCGUCCCCAAUCAGUUUCAAUCAUAGCCUAUCCGAGAUUGCCUCUGAUGGCUAUUCUGGAAUAAUAAGGAUAGUAGUACUGCCUGAUUCUGAUCCCAAGUAUGAGGCAAUCCUCAACCGGUUCAGUUCUUGUUACCCUACUUCUGGUGAUGCAGCAUUCACAAAACCAUUCUGCGUCGAAUAUAAAUGGGAGAAGAAAGGUUGGGGAGAGUUGUUAAUGCUUGCUCAUCCAGUUCAUCUUCAACUUUUAGCUACAGGUGAUGAUUGUGAUGUAACUGUGCUUCAUGAUUUGAAGUAUAGAAGCAUUGACGGCGAGCUCGUUGGUGUUGUUGGAGGCUCGUGGCUAUUGAAAACUCAUCCUGUUUCUGUUACAUGGCAUUCCACCAAAGGUAUAAAUGAAGAAUUCCAUGAUGAAAUUUGUUCAGCACUUUCUGAAGAUGUGGAUGCUUUAAGUCCUUUAGGAAUAACAACAACAACAUCAUGCUAUUUUUAUGGAAAAUUGAUAGCAAGAGCAGCAAGGUUGGCAUUGAUAUCUGAAGAGGUGAAUGACCUUGAUUCGAUACCGGCAAUCAAAAAGUUCUUGAAAGAGACAAUUGAGCCAUGGUUGAAAGGAACUUUCAAUGGAAAUGGUUUUCUCUAUGAUGGAAAAUGGGGAGGAAUUGUUACCAAACAAGGGUCUCAAGAUUCUGGUGCAGAUUUCGGGUUCGGUAUUUACAAUGAUCAUCAUUAUAAUUUAGGAUACUUUCUCUAUGGAAUUGCAGUGCUUGCAAAGAUUGAUCCAUCUUGGGGAAGGAUGUAUAAACCUCAAGCCUAUUCACUUAUGGCUGAUUUCAUGAACUUAGGAAGAAAAACAAACUCCAAUUAUACACGUCUAAGAUGUUUCGAUCUCUAUAAAUUUCAUUCUUGGGCCGGAGGUUUAAUUGAAUUCGCGGACGGAAGAAACCAAGAGAGUACUAGUGAAGCUGUGAAUGCAUACUAUGCUGCAGCGUUGAUGGGAAUGGCGUACGGCGACACACAACUUAUUGCAACUGGAUCGACACUAGCGGCACUUGAAAUUCAUGCAGCUCAAAUGUGGUGGCAUGUAAAAGGUGGCGACAAACUCUAUGUGGAAGAAUUUUCCAAAGAGAAUAAAGUGGUGAGUGUUGUUUGGUCUAAUAAGAGAGAUAGUGGACUGUGGUUUGCACCUGCUCAAUGGAGAGAGUGUAGACUUGGUAUUCAAGUUUUACCUUUGUUGCCUAUUACUGAGGCAUUGUUUUCAGAUGUUGGUUAUGUGAAGGAACUUGUUGAAUGGACAUUGCCUAAUUUGAAUAGGAAAGGUGUUGGUGAAGGGUGGAAAGGUUUUUUAUAUGCUAUGGAAGGUACUUAUGAUAAAGAAAGUGCUUUGCAAAAGGUAAGAUCACUGAAAGGUUUUGAUGAUGGGAACUCAAUGAGUAAUCUGUUGUGGUGGAUUCAUAGUAGAGGUGAUGGUGAGGAGGAGGAAUUUGGGCAUGGAAAACACUGUUGGUUUGGACAUUAUUGCCAUUAAGUUAUGCUAGUGAUUAAUUGAUCUUAACUAGCCCUUCAAUCCAAUCUUGCGCCGUCGGCAUCUACGCUUUAAUGUUGAUAUUGUUAGGGUGUUGAGUACAAUGUUUUAAAAGUUGAACUAAACCGGACUGUUCAACUAGUUGAACCGCGAGCCAGCGUUGUCUAUGGUUCGGCUAUUUGAGUAUUUGACUGUGAUUUUGUUCCCGCUCGAACAAUUUAAAGCAGUUGAAAUAUGAUCUGAAGGUGUCUCCGAUUCAAUGUCUAAAUUAGUUUUUAAAAGCAUUGGUGGUGUAUAGGAUUGAAUUUGUAUAAAAUAUGGUUGUGUGUUUAAUGAUUUGUUAUGAGUUAUUUAGUUGCUAUAUACAUUUAAGAGGCAACUUCAAUUAUUUUUAAAUAGUUUUCUUACAAUGAACUCUUCUAUUUCAAUCAAUUUAUGAUGUCUUUUCCUGGUUC